AUGGAAGCAUUUACUGUCUUUUUCAUCUCACCACCCCCUCUCCCGAUCGCCACAUUUACAAACCCCAACCCACCUGCUCGAUCGUCCAUCAUAAAAAUGGCCUCUGCCCCGGGUGCCAGCCUCACUCGCGCCAUCCACCUCACGGCCACCAUCCUGAUGCUCAACCUGCUACUGUUCGUGGCAUUUCUCCGUGACAUCGACCCUUCGUCCGAGCUGUCCCAUCGCCACGGCCUCUGCCAGUCCAUCCACCGCAAAGAGCGCCGCAUCAUUCACCUCAGCUCCCUCAUCCUGGGCCUCGAGCCCGCCGACCCCUCCCACCCCGAUGACCCCGAAGCGCAUCCGCACCAUUCCACCGUCGACGCGCAGGCGAUGCAGAGUCUAGCGACGUCCCCCACAGCCACCGAGCGAGUGAGCGGCUCCUCGCUCCGACCGAAGCGGCCACUGCCUGCUGCGAGCAUCCUCUCCCUGCGGCCGUCCAACCGCCCAGUGAAACGUAGUCGAGGAGACAGCGCCGUGACUAGCCACUCCGCCAUUGGCAGCAAGACUGCGAAUUCAGUGGUUGAGGUGCAGCAGCAGCAGCAGCAGAACGUCGUCUACCCGCCGCGGAUGAGUGACUCGAUCUACUCGGCCACCCUCAGGAGGAGUCUGUCAUUGGGGUCGGAUCGCCGCCAGAGUAUCGUGCUGCCCCACAUCCGCUAUUCCGGGUUCAUGACGGAGCGAUUGCGGUUCAGCGUCUUGAGCCAGCCGUGGUCGAUGGUCUCGGUCGUCGCGCCAGAGAGUAACGAGGUGCCCGCGCACCACCGCGCCGAGCCCGUCGUCGUCGAGGAGACGAUGGACCGCUUGCAGCCGGCGUGCUCGGUGGAAAGUUAUCCGGGCCAGUUCCCCAUCAGCGAUGGGGUGGAGUUGAGCUGGUUGGCCACGGCGACGCAGCGUCCUGGUGCUGGGCCCGCGGAGGAUGAAGAGAACAACGCUCCCACUGUUGCUCCUGGAUUGCAGACUUCUAUGAGGCCGUAUACCGAAGUUUAG